CCUCCUGGAGAUCCCCCGCAUCCCUCUUAAAGCCCCUGCUGACGUGUCAGUCAGGAACUGCUCAGACCUUCCCGGGCGCCGCCCCUCGGCGGCGCCUGGCUUCCCACCCGCCCCCGGUGCUCCGCCCCCGGCCUCCUCCUCCGCGUCACCGGCUCCCCGAGGUGACCACAACAUGGCUGCGGCGCCUGGGCUGCUCUUCUGGCUGCUCGUGCUCGGGCCGCCGUGGCGAGUGCCGGGCCAGCAGGACCCCAGCACUGGCCGGCGCUUCUCGGAGCACAAACUCUGUGCCGACGACGAAUGCAGCAUGUUAAUGUACCGGGGUGAAGCUCUAGAAGACUUCACAGGCCCAGAUUGUCGUUUUGUGAAUUUUAAAAAAGGUGACCCUGUAUAUGUCUACUAUAAACUGGCAAGAGGAUCGCCUGAAGUUUGGGCGGGAAGUGUUGGGCGCCUUUUUGGAUAUUUUCCAAAAGAUUUAAUCCAGGUAGUUCAUGAAUAUACCAAAGAAGAGCUACAAGUUCCAACAGAUGAGACGGAUUUUGUUUGUUUUGAUGGAGGAAGAGAUGAUUUUGAUAAUUAUAAUGUAGAAGAACUUUUAGGGUUCUUGGAACUGUACGAUUCUGCAACUAGAGAUUCUGAGAAAGCUGUAGAAAAAAUGUCACAAGAUUUGGAAAAAACCCCUGAAUUAUCUAAGGAAAGGGAACCUGAGCCUGAACCAGUGGAAGCCUACUCAGAGGAAAAUGACAGAGUAUUCUCAGAAAAGGCAAAGGAUCUUCAGGAACAGUUUACAGCUCAGAAGCACCACCCCCAUACAAACAGCCAAGCAGAUCAUGCUCAGGGAGAGCAGCCUUCAUUUGAAGCUUUUGAAGAAAUGCUGCAAGAUAAACCAAAAGUGCCAGAAAGUGAAAACAACAAAACCAGCAAUGGCUCUCAGGUCUCAAAUGAACAGGAUAAGAUUGAUGCCUAUAAACUUUUGAAAAAAGAAAUGACUCUAGACUUGAAAACCAAAUUUGGCUCAACAGCUGAUGCACUUGUAUCUGAUGAUGAGGCAACCCAACUUGUUACUUCAUUAGAAGAUGAUUUUGAUGAGGAUUUGGAUGCUGAGUAUUAUGCAGUUGGGAAAGAAGAUGAGGAGAACCAAGAAGACUUUGAUAAGCUGCCAUUACUCACCUUUACAGAUGGGGAAGAUAUCAAAACUCCAGCAAAGUCUGGAGUUGAGAAAUAUUCAACAGAUAAAGAGCAGAAUUCAAAUGAAGAGGAUAAAGUUGAGCUAACUGUGCGCCCUGGCAUCAAAAAUGAUGAUAAAAAUAUACUAACAACCUGGGGGGAUACUAUCUUUUCUCUUGUCACAGGAGGUGAAGAAAAAACAGAUACACUGGGCUUAGAGAGCUCUAAUUCAGAGGAAGAAAAAGAUGAUGAUGCAUUAGUCCCAGAGAGCAAACAGGGGAAACUACAGUCCGCAACAGAUUAUAGUGACCCUGACAAUGUAGAUGACGGUCUUUUGAUUGCAGACAUCCCUAAAACGAAUAAUGACAAAGGCCCAGAAGUAAACACAGAAUGUCACAUUAAAGGAAAAGGGCAGGAAGUUCAGGAAUCCAAGAAGGGCCUGGUACAAGAUGAGACAGAAUUAGAGGAUGAAAAGCAAGAAGGGAUGACUGUGCACAGCCCUACUCACAGCAAUAACCUCAACUCUAUGCCAGCUGAUGAAAAGGGCAAAGAGGCAUUAAAAUCAGCCUUCGACGAUGAAGAAAGUGACCUAAAAGGAGCAGCUAUUCAUAUCUUGAAAGGAAUGCCCCACGAAGAAAAUCUUGGAGAGCAGAUUUUGGAAGGUGGCUCAGAGAGUGAAUCUGCACAGAAAGCUGCAGGGAACGGAAUGAAUGCCAGAAAGAUUCAACAGGAAUCCUUGGGUACUGCACCAGUCACGGGAGAUAACCACCCUAAUGUAUCCAGAGACAGUGUGGAGGGAGACCCUUCAGUAAAUGGAGCCAAACCACACACGCUUCCAGUGGAGAAUCAAUGUGAGGAAUUUAAAGAGGAACUAGUUCUUAAAACUCAAAACCAACCUAGAUUCUCCUCUCCAGAUGAGAUCAGUUUGCCCAGAGAACUGGAAGAAAAGGUUCCCAUCCUGGGAAGAAAUCUUUCUUGGCAACAAGAGAGAGAUGUGGCUGCCACAGUCAAUAAGCAAAUAAGUGAGAAGAUAAGACUCUCUGAGGGCGAAGCCAAAGAGUACUCCUUGGAUGAAGAGGUUUUUCAUCACAAGGCAAUGCAGGGUACCCAGGAAGUAGGACAGACAGACCAAUCUGACAGCACAGGAGAACCAGCUUUCCUUUCAGAAGCAGAAGAGGAUGAUUAUCCCCCUGAAGAACUACUGGAGGAUGAAAAUGCUGUAAGUGCAAAACGGUCUAAAGAAGAAAACCCUGGAAUUCAGGGCAGGCAGUUUGAUGUUAAUCUGCAAGUCCCUGAAAGAGCAGUUUUAGGGACCACUAAUCCUGACCCAGAAAUUGAAGAAAGCAAGCAAGAAACUGGUAAGAUUUUGGAUAGUGAAAAAAAACAUGAGACUGCAGCCAAAGGAGUCAACACAGGAGGCAGGGAACCAUAUACAAUGGUGGUAAAAGAACGCCCUCCAGCAGAUGAGAAAGCACACCGACCAUCUGAAGGAAGUGACUUUUCUGAUAGCAUGAAAACUCAGACUCCAGAGUUAGGUGAAGUGUUUCAGAAUAAAGAUUCUGAUUAUCUGAAGAUCAACAAACCUGAGGAACAUCUGAAGGCCUCAGGGCUUGCAGAGAAGCCUGAGGGAGAACUCUCAAAGGAGGACCAUGAGAACACAGAGAAACACAUGGGCACAGGAAGCCAGGGGUCUGCUGCUGCAGACCUUGAAGAUGACUUGUUCCAUUGGACUCCCCAUACAACUGUAGAGCCAGAGAAUAGUGACAAGAGGGAGGACUUGCCUAUCAGAAGCAGCUUCUUUAAAGAACAGCAGUCUUUGCAGCGGUUCCAGAAGUACUUUAAUGUUCAUGAGCUAGAAUCCUUGCUACAAGAAAUGUCAUCAAAACUGAAGUCAGCACAGCAGGAGAGCCUACCCUAUAAUGUGGAAAAGGUCCUAGAUAAGGUCUUCCGUGCUUCUGAGUCACAAAUUCUGAGCAUAGCAGAAAAAAUGCUUGAUACUCGUGUGGCUGAAAAUAGAGAUCUGGGAGUAAAGGAAAAUAACAUAUUUGAAGAGGCCGCAGUGCUUGAUGACAUUCAAGACCUCAUCUAUUUUGUUAGGUACAAGCACUCCACAGCAGAGGAGACAGCCAUACUGGUGAUGGCACCACCUAUAGAUGAAGGCUUGGGUGGAGCAAUGGAAGAGAUGCAACUGCCGCAUGAAGAUAAUGUGUCACAAGAGAACACAACAGAACUGAAUGUGCAGGUUCCUGAAGAGCCCACCCACUUGGACCAACCUGUGAUGAGGGACACUCAUGCCUCAGAAGUGUCACCAAAGCCAAAUACUGAGAAAGACUUGGACCCAGGGCCAAUUACAACAGAAGACUCUCCUAUGGAUGGUGUUGAAGCAAUCAAGCAACUAGAGAUGGUUGCCGAAGAGCCUGCAAGCGUCACACCUUUGGAAAAGGCAAUCCUUCUAAUCUGUUCAUUCGCGUUUUAUUUAACUAAGUUGAUAGUUUCUACAUUGCCUGAUGACGUUCAGCCUGGGCCUGAUUUUUAUGGACUGCCAUGGAAACCUGUACUUAUUACUGCCUUCUUGGGAAUUGCUUCAGUUGCUGUUUUCUUCUGGAGAACUAUCCUUGCUGUAAAGAGUAGAGUAUAUCAAGUCACCGAACAGCAGAUUUCUGAGAAGUUGAAGAUUAUUAUGAAAGAAAAUACAGAACUUGUACAGAAAUUGUCAAAUUAUGAACAGAAGAUCAAGGAAUCAAAGAAACAUGUUCAAGAAACCAGGAAACAAAAUAUGAUCCUCUCUGAUGAAGCAAUUAAAUUUAAGGAUAAAAUCAAGACACUUGAAAAAAAUAAUGAAAUUCUGGGUGACACAGCUAAAAAUCUUCGUGUUAUGUUAGAAUCUGAGAGAGAACAGAAUGUCAAGAAUCAGGAUUUGAUAUCAGAAAACAAGAAAUCUAUAGAGAAGUUAAAAGAUGUUAUUUCCAUGAAUGCUUCAGAAUUUUCAGAGGUUCAAAUAGCACUUAAUGAAGCUAAGCUUAGUGAAGAGAAAGUGAAGUCUGAAUGCCAUCGGGUUCAAGAAGAAAAUGCUAGGCUUAAGAAGAAAAAAGAGCAGUUGCAGCAGGAAAUUGAAGACUGGAGUAAAUUACAUGCCGAGCUCAGUGAGCAAAUCAAAUCAUUUGAGAAGUCUCAGAAAGAUUUGGAAGUAGCUCUUACUCACAAGGAUGAUAAUAUUAAUGCUUUGACAAAUUGCAUUACACAGUUGAAUCGAUUAGAGUGUGAAUCUGAAUCUGAGGGUCAAAAAAAAGGAGGAAAUGACUCAGAUGAAUUAGCAAAUGGAGAAGUGGCAGGUGACCAGAAUGAGAAGAUGAAAAAUCAAAUUAAGCAGAUGAUGGAUGUCUCUCGGACACAGACUGCAAUAUCGGUAGUUGAAGAGGAUCUAAAACGUUUACAACUUAAGCUAAGAGCCUCCAUGUCCACUAAAUGUAACCUGGAAGACCAGAUAAAGAAAUUGGAAGAUGACCGCAACUCGCUACAAUCUGCCAAAGAUGGACUGGAAGAUGAGUGCAGAACCCUGAGGCAGAAAGUGGAGAUUCUGAAUGAACUGUAUCAGCAGAAGGAGAUGGCUUUGCAAAAGAAAUUAAGUCAAGAAGAGUAUGAGCGGCAAGAAAGAGAGCAGAGGCUAUCAGCUCUCAUAAAGCCAACUGUAAUUCUUAGGCGGAGAAUUGAAGAAAUGGAAGAUGAAUUACAGAAAACAGAGCGGUUAUUUAAAAACCAGAUCGCUACCCAUGAGAAGAAAGCUCAUGAAAACUGGCUGAAAGCUCGUGCUGCAGAAAGAGCUAUAGCUGAAGAGAAAAGGGAAGCUACCAACCUGAGACACAAAUUAUUAGAAUUAACACAAAAGAUGGCAAUGCUGCAAGAAGAACCUGUGAUUGUAAAACCAAUGCCGGGAAGACCAAAUACACAAAACCCUCCCCGGAGAGGUCCUCUGAGCCAGAAUGGCUCUUUUGGCCCAUCCCCUGUGAGUGGUGGAGAAUGCUCCCCUCCACUGACAGUGGAGCCACCUGUGAGACCGCUCUCUGCUACUCUCAGUCGAAGAGAAAUGCCUAGAAGUGAAUUUGGAUCUGUGGACGGGCCUCCGCCUCAUCCUCGAUGGUCAGCUGAGGCAUCUGGGAAAGCCUCUCCUUCUGAUCCAGGAUCUGGUACAGCUGCCAUGAUGAACAACAGUUCAAGGGGCUCUUCCCCUACCAGGAUGAUGGGUGAAGGCAAGCAAACUGUUAUCCAAGAGCCUGAAGUCCCCUCAGUUCCCAGCAUUACAUCUUCGGCCGAGCAUCCAGUAGCAGUUAAUAUGACUCCAAAAGGGGCCCCUCCUUUCCCAGGAGUCCCUCUUAUGAGCACCCCCAUGGGAGGCCCUGUACCACCACCCAUUCGAUACGGGCCACCACCUCAGCUCUGUGGACCUUUCGGGCCUCGGCCAAUUCCUCCACCCUUUGGCCCUGGUAUGCGUCCACCACUAGGCUUAAGAGAAUUUGCACCAGGAAAACGGGACCUGCCACUCCACCCUCGGGAAUUUUUACCAGGACACGCACCAUUUAGACCUUUAGGUCCUCUUGGCCCAAGAGAGUACUUUAUUCCCGGUACCCGAUUACCACCCCCAACCCAUGUUCCCCAGGAUUACCCACCACCACCUGCCUCCAGAGACUUACUGCCGCCAGGCUCUAGAGAUGAGCCUCCUCCUGCCUCUCAGAGCACUAGUCAGGACUGUUCACCGGUUUUAAAGCAGAGCCCAUAACUAUGACCUCUGAUGUUUCAUUGGAGAAAAAAUGGACUGCAUUAUUCAUUACAAUAAAGGAUUUCAUUGGCUUCAAAAUCCAAGUUUAUUUUAAAAGAUCUGUUGUUAGAACUAAGCUGCCUUGGCAGUAUGCAUUUUCGAGCCAAACAAUUCAGAAAUGUCAUUUCUUCCCUAAAUAAAAAUCACCUUUUAAGCUAUAGCAUCCUUACUACUUUGAAAUGUGCAAUAAAGAAUACUUGUGUUUUA